AUGGGGGGAGAUGGGAAAGCCAAUUGGAUAAAGGGUAUUAAGAAUAAUGAAAAGGUUAAUUUCUUGGCGUUUCAAGAAACUCAAUGCUAUGGUAUCUCAGAAGUGAUAAUUAGAAAAUAUUGGGAUUUCUCGGAUAUGGGUUGGGAUAUAGUGGAACCGUUGGGGCGGUCUGGGGGCCUUGUAAGUGUUUGGGAUUCUGAUGUUUUCAAGAAAACGAGUUGUGUAAAGGAAAGGAAUUUUUUGCUAACAAUUGGAAAGGUCAAAGGCUUAAGAGAGACGGUUAACAUUAUGAAUGUGUAUGCGCCUCAAAGGGUGGACGAUAAAAUGAGGUUAUGGGAUCGAAUUUUGGAUCUAAAGAAUAAUUAUUCUGGUUUGUGGUUUAUAAUUGGUGACUUUAAUGCUGUGAGGGUGCCGGAAGAUAGAAAAGGAUCAAGUUACAACCAUAGGUGUUCGCGUCUGUUUAACAAUUUUAUUUUUGAAGCUGAUUUGGAAGAGUAUAGUAUGAAAGGGAACAGAUUUACCUUUCUGGUAGAGGACGGGGAACGGAAAAAGUUCAGUAAAAUUGACAGGUUUCUGGUGGGUAGUGAGGUGAUUGCUAAAUGGCCCGAAGCAUGUCUUAGAGUCUUGCCAAGAUACCUGUCUGAUCACAGCCCAUUGUUGUGGACGGUGAGGGACACGAAUUAUGGCCCGAAACCAUUCCGGUUUCUAAGUUCUUGGCUGGACAGAGAGGAAUUCAAGGAGAUUGUCCAUAAGGUCGUGGAUUCUUUGAGUUAUUUCGGUUAUGCUGAUGUCAAGCUAAUGAUGUUGUUCAAACAUCUUCGCUUGGAAAUUGUUAAAUGGAGGAAUGAUAUGAACGAUAAGGAAGGGGAAGAGAAAAAGAGGUGUCGUCUUGAACUAGAAGAAUUAGACGCCUUGAUGGAAGAAAGAAACCUGGAGGAAGAGGAGGAAUGGAUUAGGACGGAAUGCAAGAGGAAGCUCAUUGAAUUCGACUUGUAUAAGGCAAAGGAUUUAAAGCAAAGAUCUCGUAUUGUGAAGAUGAAAAAGCGCCUGGACCUGAUGGCUUCAAUUUCAAGUACUAUACAUAUGGGGUGCAGUUCGUCUUUUAUAGCUUUGAUCCCCAAGAAGAAGGACCCGAUUUCCUUGGAUGAUUAUCGCCCGAUUGCUCUGGUCGGCAUUAUUAACAAGGUGAUAUCAAAGGUUUUGGCGUGUCGGUUGAAAAAAGUCCUUGGAACGGUGAUCUCUCUCAAUCAGACUGCCUUCCUUGGUGGCAGGUGCAUCAUGGACGGGCCUCUUAUUCUCAAUGAACUAAUCGCCACGGUUAAGAAGAGAAAAGACAAAGCCUUCCUCUUCAAGAUUGAUUUUGCAAAAGCUUAUGACAACGUUAAUUGGGGUUUUCUUAUGUCUAUUCUUGAAAAGAUGGGGUUCCCGAGCCUAUGGUGUAAGUGGAUUUUUGGCAUAUUAUCAUCUGCUCGGUCGUCAGUCUUAGUGAAUGGGUCUCCCACGUACGAGUUUCAAUGUUACAAAGGGAUGAGACAGGGAGACCCUAUCUCGCCAUUCUUAUUUCUGGUGGUCAUGGAAGCCUUAACUGUCCUAAUUAAUCGGGCUACCAAGAGAGGCAUGUUCCAUGGAAUUUGGUUGGCCAAUGGUUUGUCUAUCUCACACCUGUUAUAUGCAGAUGACUGUGUGAUUCUUGGAGAUUGGGACAUCACAAAUUUGAAGAAUAUCAUCAGAAUCCUGAGAAUUUUCCAUUUGUGUUCCGGAUUACAUAUUCAUAUGGGCAAAUCUAGUUUGUUUGGAAUUGGUACUACAGGGGAUGAGCUCAAUGAGAUGGCUGCUGUUGCUAGAUGUGAUACUGGUACUUUCCCGGUUAAGCACUUAGGCAUCUGGAUAGGUACUAAUAUGAAUAAAGCAUCCAGUUGGUCUUUUUUAUUUGAUAUAUUCGAGCAACGGCUGUCCAAAUGGAGAGCCAAUAGUUUGUCAAUUGGCGGAAGGGUUACUCUUAUUAAAUCUGUGCUAGAAAGCCUCCCCACAUAUUAUUUGUCACUGUACCGCGCACCUAAGAAGGUUUUGGAUGGCUUGGAAAAGAUUAUGAGGCGGUUUCUAUGGGGUGGAUCGGAAGCUAGAUUCAAAAACGAGAAGGACAGCUUGUGGAAGGAAGUAAUUACGGUGAUUCAUGAAAACAAGAACAACUGGAGUGCUCUCCCGGUUAACAAAUACUUGUCGAGCAACUGGAAAAUAAUUGUCAAAGCAAUUGAGUCUAUUAAGGUAGCGGAUACGAGCCUGAACAAAAUAUUCAGAGGCAUAUGUGGUAAUGGAAAAGAGAUCAAAUUCUGGCUGGAUCUUUGGACCGGGGAUGAGGUGUUCAGAGACAGAUUCCCUGUACUUUUUCGGCUUGAGAAAUACAAGAAUUGCAGGGUGUCUGAUCGAUAUGAUGAAAACUCUAAGGAGUUCUCGUCUCUUUGGAGAUGGAAAAAACUUCUUCAAUCAACCGAGGAGAUGACGGAAUGGCAGGAACUAGGCACUCUUUUGAAUGGUCUGAAGCUUACAGAAUCCAUCGACAGAUGGAUAUGGCAAGGAAAGAAUGAUUCCCAGUUCACUGUCAAAGCUGUGAAAGAUUUUAUCCUUAGCUCUCGUGAUUAUAGCAACAGGUAUGUCCUUCGUUGGUCCAAAUGGAUCCCUUUAAAAGUUAACAUCUUCAUGUGGAGAGUUGGUAUGAAUCGUAUUCCAACCUUAGAGGCUCUUAAAGACAGGAAUUGUGUUUUUGGAGAUGGACUGUGUGUUUUAUGUGGGGAAUAUGAGGAAUCGGUGGAUCACCUCUUUUGUGGGUGCGAGUUGGCUAACUUGAUAUGGACUUUCAUAAGCUCCUGGUGCAAGGCUUCUCCAUUCUUUGUUUUCUCGAUAAAAGAUCUUAUUGAGAUUCAUGAAAAUGUGGGACUUGGAAAGAAAGAACAAAAAGUGGUUAAAGGCAUCGUCAUGGUAGCGUGUUGGUGUAUUUGGAAAGCAAGAAACGAAAGAAGGUUCUCAAAUGCCCAAAUCAAGGUCGAGAAGGUUAUUCAAGGUUGGUUUGAACUGUAUGUAUAG